AUGAAUGCCACCGAGGCCGCGGCGGUUUCCGCCAUCGCUUCGGUGACACGGCCCUACGAUAGAGGGCCGGUCCCAGGGCCGAUUCCAGGUCAGGUUCUAGGGCCGAUAUCAGGGCCACUUCCAGGGCCGCUUCCAGUGCAGGUUCCAAGGCCAGCCGUCGGUGCCAAAGAUGUUGGUAAGGGUAGUUUACAGCGGACCGGCCGCUCGCUGUGGAAUUACAUUAUCACGAUGGACGUCAUCACUACCAAGGCCACCAACGACGACCAUGGAGGCGUCCAGGGUGGCGAUCCUGACGACGACCACGGAGGGAACGACCAUGGUGGCGGUCAGGACGACAACCAUGCAGGAAGCGACCAAGGCGGCGGUCCGGACGAUAACAGGUAG